CCGAGUUGGGAGAAGAUGCCAAAAGAUGGGACUGUACAAAGGGCUGCUGGUGAGGUUACCGGCCUGAAAGACUACCAACUGGGUGACUGUCUCGGCAAGGGUGCCUUUGGCAGUGUAUACCGCGCCUUGAACUGGGGUACGGGUGAAACUGUCGCUAUCAAGCAAGUCAAAUUGGCAGAUCUGCCAAAAGGCCAGUCUCGCGCUAUCAUGAUGGAAAUUGAUCUGCUCAAGAACCUUAACCACCCAAAUAUCGUAAAGUACAAUGGCUUUGUCAAGUCGACUGAAUCACUGUACAUCAUUCUUGAAUAUUGCGAAAAUGGUUCGUUGCAUUCUAUCUGCAAGAACUUCGGCAAGUUUCCUGAGAACCUUGUUGCCCUAUACAUGACGCAAGUUCUUAAUGGUCUGCUAUACCUUCACGAGCAGGGUGUUAUCCACCGAGACAUCAAGGGAGCGAACAUCCUCACCACCAAAGAAGGUUUGGUCAAGUUGGCAGAUUUUGGUGUUGCGACGAGGAAGGAUACUGGUCUGCAUGAGAGUAGUGUAGUCGGUACACCUUAUUGGAUGGCUCCCGAGGUCAUCGAGCUGUCUGGUGCUACCACUGCUUCAGAUAUUUGGAGUCUUGGAUGUACUGUCAUUGAGCUGCUCGAUGGAAGGCCCCCAUACCACAAGUUGCAACCUAUGCCUGCCUUGUUCCGCAUCGUCAACGAUGACCAUCCACCGCUACCCGAAGGAGCUUCGCCGGCCGUUCGCGACUUCCUCAUGCAGUGUUUCCAAAAAGAUCCUAACCUCAGAGUCACAGCCAAGAAACUAUUAAAACACCCCUGGAUUCUCAGUGGGAGACGCUCCGAUCAACCCGUCGCAAAACCAACACAGUACGACGAAGCUGUAAAGAGUGUCCAACAGUGGAACGAAGCACUCAAAUCGCCACAAAAUACAUCCUCGAGGCGCUCCUCAUCCAGACCACUCUCUUUGAGCCCCGUGCCUCCAAGACCCGAUGUUGGUACACAUCUAAGGACACCCGGCAUCAACAAAAGCGGCUUGGCUUUGGUACAUAGAGCAAACGACACCAAACCAUAUCAAUCACCUGAAAACGACGCCAAAGACAAUUGGGAUGAUGACUUUGCGACUUCCAUCGGCAAUGCUGCUUUGCAGCUGCCGCAUCUGAAACCUCACGACAACUUUGCCGGCAUGUUAUCGUCAGACAAACUAAAGCAGUAUGCCACUUUCGAUAUCAACGCCGAGGAGGAAGAGGGGGACAAUUGGGACGACAACUUCGAAGGAGAUCUUACAGUGAGAAGUCCGAUGGAAGUGAUCCGGGGCGAUCCAAUGGAGACCUCCCUGGAAAAAACCGAUAAAGACAGCUCAUCACGAACACAGAUCCUUCGACCAGCGCACAAAUCCACAAAAUCCGAGCCGAAACCCACAGAAGCUCCAGUGCGCCCAUCACUAAUGUACCGAGAAAACUCUACUGAAGAUUAUUCUGACCUGCUUGGACCGGACAAUGACUCGGCCUUCCGUCAAAAGCUUGCGGCACUCACUGUGCGAAGUGACGACUCGUUCGCGUCGAAAUUGUUCCACCCCUCAGACCUCAAGAGCUUGCCCCGACCAAGUUCACGCAUGGGUAACAUGCGCCGACCAUCCCCUCAGAUUCAUGAUGCUGCUGCUAUGCGCAGAACACGUUCUGAAGUGGAGAUACAAAAGUAUGCCGAGGACCCUGAGGACGAAGACUUUUCGGACAUAUUUGGCAAAGAAGAUGGACAGCAAAUACCGCAACCUGAGAGCGAGAGUGGAUCUGAAAUCGGCACGCUCAUGCUCAACUCAAAGCUAUCAACUAACUCAUGGCUUGGAGACGAAGAAGACGAGGAUGACCCGUUCGCACAACUCGAAGAAGGCUUUGACGAGAUGGACUUGGAGACCAAUAUUGCUCGAGACAAAUUUGCUCGUCUGGUCACGCUCGUUGAGGGACUUGUCGGAUCGCUCAAGGUCUCUCAACCUGAAGAUUAUCUGCAAGAUAUUGUGGAUCAACUGUUUCAAGUACUGUGGGAAUCUCCUGAGGUCAAGACCGUAGUCAUGUCUUCCCACGGCAUGUUGCCCAUUCUGGAAAUCUUGGAGACAUGUAACCGUCCGACAACCAUCCUCAGGCUACUGCAAAUUGUCAAUCUGAUCAUCAUGGACAAUGUCGAGAUCCAAGAGAAUCUGUGUUUUGUUGGCGGCAUCCCAAUCAUCACACGAUUCGCGCAAAAGAGAUACAGCAGCGACAUCAGACUGGAAGCUGCGGCCUUCGUGAGACAGAUGUAUCAGACCAGCACGCUCACUCUGCAGAUGUUCGUCAGUUGUGGUGGCUUGAAUGUCCUAGUCGAAUUCCUUGAGGAGGACUACGAGGCAGAGAGAGACCUUGUUUUGAUUGGAGUCAAUGGUGUCUGGAGCGUGUUUGAACUGCAAGGCCCAACACCGAAGAACGAUUUCUGUCGAAUCUUUUCGCGCAGCUCAGUCUUGUACCCGCUAUCUCUGGUGCUCAACCGAGUAUUGGAAGAAGAGGGUGAGCUUGCCGAGCUUGUUGAGGGACGCAUUGUCAACAUCUUUGUCUUGUUCUCGCAGGCCGAAAACCAUGUCAAAGAGGCUGUCGCUGAUCGUAUGGUCUUGAAGCGUGUGUUGAAGGACUUGAAACGCAUGUCACCUCAGCAUCAGAUCACCAUGCUCAAGUUCAUCAAGAAUUUGUCCAUGCUUGCAACCACACUCGACGCUUUGCAAAACUCAAAUGCCAUCGAGGUCUUGACUGAUCUGCUCAAUGCUAGCAUGAAGGUCCCUCACUUCCGCGAAAUCUCCAACCAGGUUUUGAACAUCAUGUACAACCUUUGCAGGUUGAGCAAGACAAGACAAGAAGACGCCGCAUUGAAUGGUGUCAUCCCUCUCCUGCAGCGAAUCGUUAAGACCGAGCGCCCACUGAAGGAGUUUGCAUUGCCCAUCUUGUGUGAUAUGGCACACUCUGGCAAGGUUGGAAGAAAGAUACUGUGGCAGAACAAGGGACUGCAAUUCUACGUCAGUCUGCUUGCAGAUCAAUAUUGGCAAGUCACAGCUUUGGAUGCCAUUUUCGUCUGGUUACAAGAAGAGACCGCUAAGGUAGAAGAACACCUCCUUAAAGAUGACAGCUUUUCUCAGGCAAUUAUCAAUUGCUUCAACCAUAGCAAAGCUGACAGCUUCGAAAAUUUCCUUGAGCCUCUGCAGAAGCUUCUGCGCCUCAGUCCUCCCAUCGCCAGCUCUCUCAUUCAUCCAGAUCUUUUCCUACGCACGGCUCAAAAGCUUCGCACGAAGAAAGCUUUGGUUCGUCUCAACUUGCUAAGAAUCAUCCGCAGUAUCUGCGACUCUAGUGACGAAGACGGCGCACUCAUUCACACAUUCGGAUUACACCCCAUCAUCGCCGAGACUGCUAAGCACGACCCGGCCAUUCUGGUACGCGAGAUGGCAUCGGAUCUGAUCAAGUCAUCUGAAUUACACGUCUCACGGGCUGUUCACAAUGCUCGUGUUGGCGAAGUCAACAGUCGUCGUCAACUUCGUCGUUCAAGCUCAUCCACGAUGGUACCUACUGGCAAUUCUCUCCCUCCUACACCAACGACCGAUCGCAUGCCAGGUCGUAUAAGCAGCUACUUCGAUCCUACGGCGGACUUACAACGGCCCUUUUCACGCGGUGCUACCGGCAUGGCGUCACCAUAUCGUCCCAUCAGUCGUGACGGAGGUUCUGGUGGAUCAUCAACAGGUUGGAGCGCAUCC